AUGCCUGCCUUAUUGAAAAGAGCUUUGUUUCAAGUCAAUGACACCCCUAAUGAAAGAACUUCAGCCUUAUCCUCUGUGUCUAACGAUGGCCAUUAUAUCUCGAUAAGAGCCUUCGUUAAACCAAGAUCUCAGGCUGAGGAACAAUUUCCUUUUGAAUGGGCUUUCGCUGGCACCAACAAGGAUAUCAAUGUGACCAAAGUGAAAGACGGAGUUGUUAAACAAGAUUUCAAUUUUGGAUUUGACGUCAACGUCUAUCUAAAUAUCCCUAACACCCAUCGCGGUACAGUUCAAACCGUUUGGACGAAUUGGGAUUCUGGUUGUAUCGCAGAGCAUGGUACUGUGUACCCAGGUGGCUCAGAUCAGCCGGGUGUCAAAUUUUUUGAAUUAUGGCAGCCGGUCGAUCCUUCCAAGGAAGACUUGGUUAUGGUGUCAUCAAACACCGAUACUGGGAAAUCUAUUGUGUUCAAGACGGAUAGCAGCAGCUUUCAAGGGCUUUUCAUUAUCACAGGCGAAUGGAGUCAAGGUUACCUCGCCAAAAGCGGUGAGAGCACUCUCAAGGGAUUGAACUUCAUUAGAACAGUUGAAAAAUCGCAAAAGGUCGAGACAUUAUUUCAGUACGGUGUUGAUUCUGAGAAAUUUCCAUCCCCAACUUCAAGCGUUACGAAAGGUGAUAUUGUCGAUAGCAACGGCAUUAAAUGGGAGGUGAUAGAAGCAUAUCAAUAA